AUGAUGCAGCCCACUGGUGCUGCUUCCACCUCAUCCUCACUACUACUACCCACAACACCAACAACAAUAAUUGUGAACAAUAACAAAACUAACCACAUCUUGGGUAAUAAUAGCAAUUCUGCACGCAUCAAUCAACAAACCCCUUCAAGUAACGCCGUUGGAGGUAUCAACAAUAAUUUUGGAAAUAUGCAAGUUUCAAAUAACAAUGGCUUUAGCGAAACUACCAUUGCCAAUGUCAAACAACCCUACGUUCAUCAUUUUCGAAUUGCGAAAAAGAAGACGACCAUUGAAUUCAAGAUGGUGGAUGCCAAUGAUAUAAGGAAGAAUAUGUAUGGUGGAAAUACAAUGCAUAAUCAUCAUCAUGGAGGUCGCACAACUACAUCUACUUCAUCACAGCUGAAUAUUUCUUCUUCACAAACAACAACCACAACAAAUACUUUUACCGUGACAUUCAACAACAAUACUGGAAACACAAACACUAACACCAACUCUAAUAUUAAUCAACAACCAACGACAGCAAAAUCUCCCUCAACAAUCACAACCAACGAGACUACAUUACCCUCUUCCUCCAAUCCUAUCCAACAACCAACUCAUUCUAACACUUCUCAUAAUAACCACACUCAAUCAUCGUUAUUAUCUACCAACGAUAAUACAGUUGUUUCAUCCGAUCCAAAACAAACUAAAAAACAAAAGGCUUCACCUGCAGCUUUUGCGAUAUCUUCCAAGAUCACUAAACAUUCUGUUUCUAGGAGAAACUCAAUGCUUUCCUCUCAUUCGGUAGAUCUACUACAAAACAACUCGAACUUUCAGCAAGAGGUGCUUCAUUGCACGCCAACGACGGCAAACUGUCCGAUCACUACCAAGAAAAACCACCAAACACGACGAAAAUCAGUGGCAUCUCCAUCGGGAUCAGUUCCUUCUCAUCAGCAUGCGGAGCAACAUACAAAUAUGUCCAAUAAUAAUAACAUUUGGUCUUCAGCAAGCUCACAAACGACCUCAUUGAAUUCUUCCACAACAGCAAAUGCACAACCCUCAACCCAAUCACAACAAUUCUCAAUGACCAAUCACCACAGCACUCACAGUUGUUGUCCAAGUAGUAGCAACAUCAACGAACCGACAAAAACAUUCGCCGAAAUGCAGUGUUCGUGUCCUCCAACUCUCACCACGUCCUAUUUUGUGGCAGGCUUCACUUUUGGAGCUUCAAGCAAACAAACAAGUGAGGCUGAGUCCCCAAUCCCUAACUCCUCUCAUCAUCACCAUCACUACCACCACCCUAAUAGUCACUCGGGCCACUAUCAUGGUCAUCAGGAUGGGUUAUACGGCGAAGCAUAUUAUAGUUCCCUUACAAACGAGCAACGAAGGUAUUUAACUCAUGGUGGAAGGAAAACAUUUGCCACUUUACCAAGCAUUGAAGAAAUGACGAGGUAUCAUGAAUUAAGGCGAAAUUCGAUCGAUGAGUUGACUCAGAAUUUUGCCCAAAGUAUUUCCACUGUUGAGACGACUGCUAAUGAUCGUCAUCACCACCACCAUCCUUAUGAACGCAUAUCAGAACCAUCUCCUCAUGCCGUACUGAACUCUGAGAAUGUGAAGAACACAGACCAAAGAUUUAGAAGGAGACAAACCUAUGCAUUUGAAAGCGAUCAUUUUAGUGCAUAUGAUAGUCAAUACGAUACAAAUUGUUUGCAAUCUCUCAAGUCUUUCCACUUUCCAAGUCGAAAUCCUCAGCAGUCCCAAAACUCUUUGCAACAUUUACCAACUCACCACCAACACUCACCCUCCCUAAACAAUGUCCCUUCUUCAUCUGAACAUUGCUUACUUCCAUCUAUUAAUGAAUUAAUGUCAAAAAGAUAA